AGGAGCACAGAUGCCUGUCAACCGGGCACUGGGCUGGAUCAGCCCAUCCUGCUUCUCCAGCUCCUGCUGCUCCUUCUAUCUGUUCAGCACCACAUCUGCAGUACCUCGUAUCUGACUACUAAACUGCUGCACAGGUCAUCACUAUUCCUCCCAGCUUGACUCCUGAAGUGAAAUAUUCGUGACUGCUCUAUCUAACGAAGAAAAGUUCCGUACCUUUAUUGGGUUCCAUUUCGUAGCUAAAAAUAGUUGACUGCUGCCGUAUCUCUAGUUGCUGAUGUGCCAAGUUCCUUAUUUCUAAAGUGUUCCUGAUCAGAAGUUCCUUGUUACCAGACUCGUGUUCCCUUACUCGCAAGUUUCAGGAUUCCUUAAGCACCAGAAUUUCUGGGUCGCUCCUGCUACUCUGACCAACUCCUUGCCAACUGGUGACAUCUCUACAACACGCCUCCACCUCGGUGUUUUUAAAAUAAAAAAUAAAUUAUCGCUGAUGAAAUCAUUACGGCCUUCUUCUCGUUUUGGAAUUCCUGUUUCUCGUUGGUAACUUGGCCACAUUCGAGCCUCCUCCGAGUGUCUUCCCUGAAAAUUUGUUCCUGAAACACCCUGAACGUGACCGAACCAAAAUGCUGUGACUAAGUGUUGUUAUCUCCUAGUAAGCUGGAACUGUACACUGAAAAACAACUCGUAUUUCCGUUUAACCAUGUAAUGGACCUGGACUAAAUAGUAACCUGUUCCUGUCGAACGACACCUAGAGAACCUGAAUUGUAUGUGCUAAUUGGAAUUUAACCCCUGAAUGAGAGUGAAUUCUGAUUCUAGACGCGGAAAGAAUUUGAAGUCGCUGACUGGAGCCGGAUAACAAAGUUAAGUCGGCAUUUUCAUCCAUAAUAUGUACACGGGGUCGUAAUUGCUCUUAGCUCCUAAAGUUCUUUGACGAUGAACAACUGACACAGUGAGCUGAGUCUGCAGACCCACCAGUUGCUUUAGUUUAUCGGAGGAGUGAAAGCCCCACAGGAGAGAAGAAACCCAAGAGAGAGAGAAAGGAAUCAUACGUGAGAGAAGAACCCUACGAGAGAGAUAGGAACCCCACAGGAGAGAGGAACCCCACGAGAAAGUGAAAGAUGUUAAACUCUGAGAUUCCUGCUGGGGAGGAGGGCGAAGAGACGAGUCCAUUAACUGCUCAAGGCCAGCCUACAGACCCCGUCUCCCUGGCCAGGCUGCAUUUUCUCAACGCUUACAAAUGGUCAGUGCCUCCUGCCAGCCAGGCCGAUGAGUACCGUGUCAAGUGGGAGGGCCACGCGGGCCACCUCUCCCAGCAAGUGGCCCGCCUCGAGCAUGACCCGGCCAGUGCUGACCUCACUGUGGCCACCAAGGGCGCCUCCAUCCCCGCCCACAGGAUCGUGCUAGCCGCCGCCAGCACCUUCUUCAGGGCUGUGUUGCAGGGUGUACCAGUGGGCCAGCACCCAGUGAUCGUGGUUAGGGGCGCUGACCCCCGCCACCUACGCCAACUCGUCUCAUACUGCUACAGUGGCUCCCUCAAGAUACCCAACCAGGAAAUCACGGAGGUGCUCAAGUUGGCUGAGGAUCUGGAAAUCGGCGGCCUCCAUAAUGUGAAGUCAGAGGAAGAUGCAGCAUCCUCCUCCUCGGCACCGUCAUCCAGAAUCCCUGCCAUUAUCCAUAACCUACACCCACCCUCACCCACCUGGUUCACCUUCACCACGCCCACCUCCGCCCACUCAUCCAGCACUCCCAUCCUGAACGGACGUUCUGAUAGCUCUCCAGGGCCCAAGAGGGCUGCUACACCUCUUAAUCUACAAGACAGUCAGAUUAAGAAGCGGUGUAAAGUAGAGCCUCUGACCACUGGUGGGGAGGAGCUGCUCCCCAGGACCACAUCCCCACGCUUCACAACCCCGUCCUCGGCCCCGCCUCACCUCUCUCGCCACUCCCUCAGCAGCGCCUUCCUCUUUAGGGACCACAGUCCCCCUAACUCUGCUCCUCCACAGUCAGUGAGGGAACUUUCCAGCCCCCACCAUCAGGCCGACCUUCCCUCUUCCUCAUUCUCCUCACACGAAGCGGAGAGGUCGCCGUUAGUGAGUGUUGUUCCACCAUCCCGUCUGCAACACCUUCCUCGCCCGCCCUCUGCCCCGUCCUCUACCCCGUCCUCCGCCCAUUCAUCCACCCACUCUGCCCCAACAUCCACCCACUCUGCCCCAUCCUCCCCCUACCGGGAGCCCUACUCUCCCACAUCUAAGGGCAGACUCAUCUUGCCUCACACGCCCACAACCCUCGCCCUCAAGGAGCCCAUGACGCCCUCCACGCCCACCACACCCACAACGCCUAUGCCAGCCAUCCUCAAAAGUGAGCCCGGGAGCCGGAGUGCUGCAUCAACCAGCAGUAGCAGCAACAGCACCAGUGGAUCAAGAGUACUGUUGUGGAGGUUCCUGUUGGAUCUUCUUCAUAAUCCCCACUACACUCCCAUAUACAUCCGAUGGCUCGAUCGUCCCAAUGGCGUCUUUAGGAUCAUGGAGUCAGAUAUGGUGGCUCAGCUGUGGGGUAGAGCUCGCAAGAACAACAACAUGAAUUAUGAGAAGAUGUCACGAGGGAUGCGGACAUACUACAAGCGAGGUAUUCUCUUCCACAUUGACGGCACUAAACUCAUCUAUAAGUUCAACACUGAGGAAGCAGAGAUCCAGCAGCGUAUGCGUUACUAUGACCUUACGCUUAAGUCAGAAGGAGAAGAGGAGCCUAGCGUGAGUCAGGCUGGAUCAAGCUUCUUGGCGUCUGCCGGAUUGUCGAGCCUCAGCUGUCUGCAGAACCUUCCAUGUUUGCCAGUGAGUUCCGCUGCGGCGGGAUCCAUGGAGAGCUUGUACAGCCCUCUGCUGCGUGAUGUGUCAAAGCUCCCACCCAGCCUCCUCUACGACCCUUACCUCUCCUUCCUCAGGGCAUCGCAGAGAGAGCUCUGCUAGCCUAUACCUGAAGGUGACCCCUUGAUGGUGUUCUGAAGGAGUCUCCGAGGGUAUUCCUGAAUAGGUGUCUUCCUAGAUUUUCACAUUCCUGAAAAAGUGCCCAGAGAUACCUCGUUCCUAGAGUUUACUCCUAACAGAAAUUCCAAACCUGCACAUCGUCCUGAUGGAUUCUCAGCUUACAAAGGCUUCUCAUGAUGGUGCUAUCAAGAAUAUCUUAGGCCACCGGCAGUUGCCGGAAAGUCAUACUCACGGCUUCCUGCUGGGAGGUCGGGGGUUUAAUCCCCUGGAAGGAAGAUCGAGCUUCCAUUGUUUCACACAGAGGAUUUCCCAGUAAUAGAUAACUUCAUAAAAUUGUCACUACAACGUGGCUACAUCUUCCUUCUAAAGGAUGUCUGCAAGAAGCUGUCUCCAGGUCACUACCAUCCUUGAGCUCAGAGAAUUUCCUAAUGGAGGUCCUGGAGCAGCGUCUGAAAUGCAGAGGUAAUGACGUACAUAGUAAUUUGGAAAGCUCUCUGACGGUAGAGCAUAAUUAUAAGUUAGACAAUCAGUGUUACACUACAGUGGUUGGCGUAUUUCACAAGUAAUCCAUAUUUUGGAGGAGAAACUACUUCAUCUCUUUGAGGUGUAAUGUAUUCAAUUUAUUUACUGCUGCUAUUACACUGCUGUUACUAAAGAAUAAGACACGUUGAUAAAUUAGACACAUGUGCAACUCUUGGGUAUCUUUAUUUCCUCAAUAAAGAUACCCAAGAGUUACAUAUGUGUCUAAUUUAUCAACGCGUCGGUUCUCUGAACCAUUCAUCUGCAAUAAGACACAUGUGCAUGAUCUGGGUAACUUUAUUUGUAUUGAUAAGCCACUAGAUGGCGAAACAUCUACAGAUGUUGCACACAUGUCUAAUUCUUCUUUUUGUAUGUAUUAUAUACCAUUCAUGUAUACUGCUACUACUAUUACUUCUACUGCUGCUACCACUGCUACUGCUACUGCUACUACAACUACUACUACUGCCACCCUUCCUACUCACUUCCUGAUGUGCUUUCUGGCAUCAAUGUCACCUGGUCUGUCUUCUUUCUCACCACUUUUUCUCCGACCCUCUUUACAGACCUAUCGUCUGGUCUCUCUCCAAAAAGUUAUUUUGAGUUUCCUCUCCAAAACAUUGAUUAUUUGUGCAUAAUUAUAGAAUGACUAAAUCUACGUUUUUUUUUAUUUUCUUUGGCGUGAAGAUUCCAAGUGGGUAAAUAAUCCUCCGGGUUUAGCGCUUCCCCUUGAUUAUAAUAAUAAUAACCAAGUGGGUAAGAAAGCGAGCCAUUGUGGACAUCUUGAGAAAAAUGGAAGAGAAAACAUUCACUUUGGAACGUGAUCACUUCAAAGACAUCAUCUUAGGUGUCGUAUUGUCACGAGACACAUUAUGCUGUUUAGGACAUUUUACUGAGACGACGUUUCAUCCACCAGGAGCUUUAUCAAUAUGAAUCUGAUAAAGUCCCUGGUGAGUGAAAAGCCUCUUCAUGAGUAAGACACAUGUGCAACAGCUUAGUAUCUUUACUGUUGCUUGAAACGUUUCGCACACACGGUAGACUUCUUCAGUCAACUAAAGAGGAGAGUAAAUUGGAGACAGGAGGAGUAGAGAAGAGGUAAAUAUGAUGUGAUCGGUUCAUGAAUUGAGGUGGUCAGUUCCUCAGCUUGGAGAAGACCUCAGCUUCAUAGUCUGGAACAAUGUGAAGCUGAAGCAUAAGAAUGGAGUCUCAGAUGCUGCCGAAGGUGAGGCGUAGCAGGUCUCGAAGACGUCACAGGAGACGGGGGUCCACUAGUAGCAGCAAGAGAGCAAGAAUUGAGGAACACUCCAGCAAGGCUACCUACUGCCCAUGGUAAGCAGUUGCCUCUCCAGUCAACCCUUUCUCAGUAAAAUGUCACGAACCGAGUACUGUACUGUUAUAAUCCAUAACAACAUUGAUACACAAGUAUCGUAAUGUUUCCGUUUGCCUCAUUGUGAGUUGGACCAGCUUGCGACCCACGCAAUACACUGCUCAAGGUUCAUCGCCACGUGUGGUUCUAUAUAACUGGUUCGUAAUGGAAUAAUCAUUUAGUUUUAAGUGGAUCUCGCUUUAAAGGAAACGACGAUGCCUAUUCGUCAAUGGGGUUUAAAGCCUUACGACUACACGAGGGUAAUUGAGGCUGCAUGUCACCUGCUCAGUGUACAUACACUCUAUCAGUGUAUGUACACUGAGAGAAAUACGCCUCACUUUGUAAUUCGAUGCCGAACUAACGGAAGCUCAAGUAUACUAGUACAAAUAGAGCUUUUUUUUUAUAAUUACGAUGUUUAUCAUAAUGUUUAUUACUAUGCUUUUAGUUUUAAAUGUAUUGGAAUGCAUUAAUAUUGGUGGAAUGUGUUUAUCAUUGUUAGUGAAUGAGUUUAUUAACUUAGAUGAGAAUGUAUCACCCUUCAAGUCGUCUCAUAAUCUGGUGAGCGACCGAUAAAGUACAAAUGUGUUAGUGACCAUUGACGCUUCACAGUGGACAAAUGUGCAAAUAAUGAGUUACAUUUUUCUGUAUAAAAGGCUUGACAAUGCCUACAAAUAAUGUUUUGCGUUGAGAAUAAUGUGCUACGUUGUUUGUGGGUAAUGUGCUGCGUUAUCCGUGAGUAAUGUGAGACUCUUAUGUGUGUGGUAUUGUUCGUGGUGAAGAUGAGACACUUAUGCAACAUAUGGGAAUCUAAAUGAAGAUUCCCAUAUGUUGCAUAAGUGUCUCAAUCUUCAACUUGUCGGUUUUGUAAGUCAUUCAUCACACACCAUUCAUCACAAUUGUCUGUGGUAACAGGGAAAUUACUCUGGUGUUACUCGAAGAGAUUUUUGUCAUCAUCCUGGGAAAACCUGGGAUGAUGACAAUGAUGCUGGGAGGGAGAUGUGUUAUCUGUGACGUAGCUCACCACACUUGGUUGUGGCUGCCUGGUAGAUGAUGCUUAUAUCGUGAAGCGAUACAGUUUGAAGAGGAAAUCUUUAAUUCAAGCGACGUUUCGCUUUAUCGAGCGAAACUGAGAAACAGGACGUCAGAGUAAACCCUUGCUUUGUAUACUGUGACUGCAAAUGUGUGUAUAUGUGUAUGAACUCACCUAUAUGUGGUUGCAUGGUUCGAUUCAUAGCUCCUGGCCCUGCCUCUUUGGUAGUCGCUACUGAAUCCACUCUCUCCCUGCUCCAAGAGCCUUAUCGUACCUCUUCUGUAAGCUAUGUAUGUAUAUAUGUGUGUGUGUGUGUGUGUGUACAUAUUCUCAGAAGCAGAGUUAUGCUCAUGGUGUCACAUCUUAAUUUUUUCAACGUAUACUUUUUUUCCAAAAUUUCCAAUAGUGUACCACUUACUAUCUCUUUUACAACUGUGACCUCUGUUGCAGGUACUGAGAAAUUUUCAUAUAUCCUCUCCUGUCCUUCCAUGACCUUAUUUGUAAUUAUCAUGUCUCCUCUCAUGUUUUAUCUAGCAAUGACAGUCAUGUUUUAUCUAGCAAUGACAGUCAAGUUUUAUCUAGCAAUGACAGUCAAGUUUUAUCUAGCAAUGACAGUCAUGUUUUAUCUAGCAAUGACAGUCAUGUUUUAUCUAGCAAUGACAGUCAUGUUUUA